AUGUCAGCUCGAACUAUUUUUCUUAUGGGGGCUCCCACGCUCUCAAGCCUUCAAUGGGAUGAAAGCGAGUUACUCGAUGGGCCCAUACCUCCAUUUCAAGACGACCUCUCAGAAAAUAGGAGCUAUCCGUCUAUCUCAGAAAUCAACCCCGUGAAAUGGAGGCUUUUGCAGGGUCCUGUUGUCUCCGAGACACCUCGGUUGAAAGACAGGUCUAAAUUAGAAAGAGGAGCAGAGUUCUUUCUGACCGAUGAUCUUACAACACCCACUGGCAUGCCAAAAACCGCGCUAGAAGAUUUAGAACUCUCCCAAUUCUAUAACCACUCCUUUACCGUUCACGAAACAUCCGAGGUCUCAGCACCAGGAGCCCUGUCAGGAGGAGAUGGGGUUCAAGAAAGCGGUCUCUGGUCUGAAAGCACGGUGUCGUCCAUGGCAAGCAACAACGAGGGAGAGGUUACGAGGCCACAGUUACCUAUACCAGGAGGGCUUACAGAUCUUCAAGAUAUACCCAAGGCCGCAUAUUUGCAUUCUAUUGUACCGCAGACCAUGUCCGUCAAUCUCAUCGUUGCAAUCAUCGCGAUCCGACCAGCACGUCGCAUUGUAACGAGGCAAUGGAAGAGAGAGGUUGGCCUUGUUGAAGUGGUAGUGGGUGAUGAGACAAGAAGUGGGUUUGGGGUUACGUUCUGGGUUCCUCCUGGGGGUCACAAGAGAGCCGCUCGCACUGGCGACGAGGGAGGAGCAGAGCUGCGAAAGUCACUGACGCUACUCCGACCACGAGAUAUUGUUUUAUUCCGAACGAUAGCACUCGGCUCUUUCCGCGAACGGGUGUACGGCCAAAGUCUCCGUCGGGGCCUUACCAAAAUUGAACUGCUCCAUCGACAACCGGUGGAUGCAACGGACACAGGAGGUAUCUACAAACUACGGGACAUUCUUUCGCCAAACCACGCCGCCCAGAGCGAAGAUCUGCCGCUGGAGAAGGUGCGUAGGGUACACGAGUGGAUCAGGCGAUUUGUGGAUUUCGUCCCGGAUCCAGUAGGCGGUAAAGAGAAACCGGUGGUGACCUUGCCUCCUGAUACCCAGGAGGAUGCGCGAUAUAAUUAG